CAUCAGUUCUAAACUGUAACGUCUAACGUUAACAAGGCUCUAAGCAAAUUUGAAAUCUAAUUUUUGUCUAACAAAAGAAAACAAUUCUCACCUCAAAAUGAUGACCUCGGAAGUUAUUAUCUCAGCUGUGCAAGAGCAGGAAAAAUCAUCACCUCUGCCCUCACGCAAGAAAUAUCCAGCACCUCAACGUCCCAGUAUCCAGGAAUUGAGGCAAAAAUACGAACACCAACACUUUUCGAAUGAUAUCACGAAGAUCGUGAAACCCAAAUCUCCAAAAAUGAGAACCAAAUCCAUGGUUAAACAAAUGGCCUCCAUGUUUAAUAAUAAAAUCUCUCAGAUCAUACGAAGAGAUACGGAAAUCAUGGCCAAGGAUGUGGUCACCAUGAAAAAGGCAAAUGAAAAUGCGAAUCAGCUCCCCAAACCCCUGCCCAUGCCUCGUUUGCGCCACAACAAGGAAAAGGCCCCCGUGCCCAGUCCUCGCACCAAAUCCAAGUCGAGAUUGCAAAGGAAACCCAGUUGCUUUGUGGCCGAGGAUCUAUUCUCCCGACUCAGUGUCAAGGACAAGGCCUUGCUGUACACCCAAUUUGUGGAGGAUAUGUCCAGGAAGAAUCCCCGCUUUGGGCGCCAUGCCGGACUAAUUGAGGCCAGCAUACAAAAAGAAGUGGCCCGCGGCGAAGUGGUCAAUGAGAAACAGGAAUCGGUCAAGCAGCUGCGCCAGCAACUGGAGGCCAGGUGUGCAGGAAGUGUUCAGCAACAAAGAGAAGAGAAAAUGAAAAUUAAUUCCGCCACUGCAAGCGAACAACGUCCCAGCCGCAACUCUAUCCCGAAAUCCAAAGAAUUUGAGGAUCUCAAAGCCACAAAUAAGUCGAGCUAUCAAGGCCCCCGCCGCUCACGCUCCCUCUCACGCAGCAACAUAGAGCAGCUGGUCUUUAAGGCCGCAAAACCAGAAGAACCUCUAUCCUAUGCCACACCCAAACAAAUCCGGGCCAAUCGUUCGGAGAUACUCACCCCUCACUCCUGUCUGGCCAAUCAGCAAUUGGAGCAACUUUUCUACUCCUGGCUCAAGGAGAAACAUGACCAGCGAGAAGAGGAGUCUCAACAAUCCCAAAUAUCCGAAAUGGAUGAGGAAAAACAAAAAUCGGCCAUUGAUAGGCUGCUGGAGGAGGCCAUUGUCAAACUGGAAGAUGUGGAGGAGAAACAAAAGAAAAUGGCGCCCAAAUUGAGGCCCAAGAAGCGACAAGCCCCCGCUGUGCCGCAAGCCGGAAGCAGUGACCCUAGCAGCUUAACUUCGUCGCUCUGCUCCUCGGCCAAGCCAUCGGAGGCUGAGGAAAGUGAGUCGGGUGUUUCGAAUUUGACCAAGGUAAGGAGACAUUUAAAGGAUUCUCAGCCAGGAAAAUCCACUAAUUUCCAGAUUUCUCCUCUCCAGAACACCAGCGACGAAGAACAAAAAGCGGUUACACCCCAACCCUGCCUGAAGGAGCCUGAGAGGCCCAUUAAACCUUUGCGCAAAAAGAAAAUGCGCCGCUCGCUUAGCUGGAAAAAGGAUCAUUGUUUGGUGGAGACCAAGGCAAUUUCCUCCACAGAUUCCGAGACGGAAAUGAAACCUGAGAGACCCAAAAAAUCUACAGGAGCUGUGCGACCUCAGCCAUUGAAUCUGAGCAGUGUUGAAUCUCCGCCCACAGAUCCCAGUUUUGUGGAGUUGGACAAAUCCCUGCUGAGGGUGGUGAACUCGCCACGCAAAAUCAAGUCGGCCUAUACCCUAACCGUAUUUUCCCCUCCACCCUCCAACAAUCAAAGUCUCAAUGACUUGGACAUGGGUGAGGGAAAACUGGCAGAUCAACGUCUUGCGAAUGAUUUAAGUUUCGAUCAAGGCUUUGAAACUGGAUCCAAUGACAUGGACAGCCCUAUCAAGCCACAGCGUAAACCCAUACUCCUCAAACGUCAAACCUCCUUUGAGAGUUCCCAAAGGAUACCGGAAAAUCCUUCCGGCUUUUCCACGCCCAUCAAAAGCCAGCAGACGGGAAACUUCAAUCACAGCUCCCUGGGUCAGCAGCAGUUGUUCAGUCCCAUUUCCGUGCCACUGAAAAAUCGACGCCGCUCCAUUUAUGACAGCGAAUCACGGCGCAGCUCCAUUGCCAUGCAGGUCAUACGGGAGGAUCACCCACUGGAACAUCAUGAAAUGAAAUUGCCAAGGAAUCUCUGCAAUACCGAUGCCUUUUUUGCCAAUGCCCCCACCCUCGACAUGUCCACGGCCGAGAUAACGGGAAUCACCGCGGGCGCCAAGGCCUCCAGGUUUUGGAUUAAAUCCAGCGACUUCAAUCUAUCCUUUGAUCUGCAAAAAUCGGAAAAGGAACGUCUCAAGCUGCUCUAUGAAAUCUUCUCGCAGCGUAGCUGUGAGACCAAGGAAAUGCAUUUCGGCAUUGAUCAGCAACGUUUUGCGGUCCACCACUUGCCCAGAGCAGAGGCAAGCGUUGAAGAGGAAAAGGAACUGGAAAAUAUCUCACGUCUACCCCAGACCGAAGGAGUUUCCCAAUAUUGGUUCUCCACCGGAGAUUUGGUCAUACCCUUUAGUGGCAAAAAAUUGGCUCCCACAAAAAUCCAAAGGAUUUUCGAGCUAAUCAGGGCCACGGUGGAAGAAAAUGGCCAGCUACGUUUCGGUGUGGAUGAUGUGGAGUUUUCCAAUGUUCCCGAAAAUUGGUCACAGUCACCGAAAUUUUCCAUGGAAAGUAACUACAGUAUGCUGGUGGGUCUACAAUCCGGCACCAGCAAUGGUCUUGAGGGACGCAGUAAAUAUUCCUGGCCCAAUACCAAACCAGUGCCGGUCAGUGACCUGGAUCAAUCCGAGGGCGAGGAGGAGGAACAGGAAUCCUAUUCCCCAUUUUCCAAUCAGGGAAAGCAAUUUGAUUUAUCCUGUCUGGAUAACGAGGAUCUUGAGAUGCCACGCAACAGCGAGGCAAUGCUAAUGUCCGAAGAUUCUUUCUGUCUGGGCUAUGAAAAUGAGCCCCUGGAUCAGCUAUUCCAACACAACGCCCCCCAAGACAAACCCAUCGAAAAUUCCCUGGAUGACACAAAACUCCCGGAAAUCCUCAAUACCCUACAGGAUCAUCAGCAAAUGUUGAGCUCGGUACAGGAACGCAUGUCAGGCAAUCAAAAUCCUCUGAAUUUGUCUUGUGACUCAUUGGAACGACUCAAGGGAACUCCCGAAUAUUUGGCCAAAAUAAAAUCGAUUGUUUGCGAUAUUAGUCGCAUUGGCAGUCGAAAUGGCUUCAAGGAUUGUCCCCUAGACGAUUUGGAGAGAUAUAUGUUCUUCCUAAGUCGUUAUGCCGAUAUCUGCCUGAGUAGCUGCAGCAGUCAAAUGGAUAAAAUUCUGGAUGCUCUAAUGGAGCAUAGUCGGGCCAUAGAGGUUUAGAAUUUGUGAUUUUUUAAACAAAUUUUAUUUUGUAAAUAAAAAGGAACUUCUAAAGGUCCUUUAGGAUAAGGAAAAAAAUAUUUUAGAAAAUAAAAAUAAAAAAAAAAUUAAAAAAAUA